AUGGAUUUCUCUUUUAUGUGCAAAGAAUCACUGCCACCGCAGUGGGUGAGGCCAGACAAGAGACACAUCUACAGAGUUCCUGUCGGGAAGACGGUGAAGUUUCACUGCCAAGCGACAGGAAAGCCGCUUCCUGCCCUGCGAUGGUACAAGAACGGAAAAGAGAUCAGAGACCACACAUGGACUCUAAUAAAGGAGUCAGUGGCUCCCUCUGAUGAAGGGAACUACACCUGUGUGGUGCAGAAUAGACACGGGACCCUCCAACACACCUAUCAGCUGAAUGUAAUUGAGCGUUCUCCUCAAAAGCCAGACCUGCAUGCUGGGCUGCAGGGUAACCGGAUCGCUGUUGUUGGUAGUGAUGUGGAGCUUGUGUGCGCAGUGAUGGGUGACCCACAGCCUUACAUACGGUGGUUCAAACACAUCGUGAUCAAUGGCAGCAAAGAAGACAUAGAAAUAUUUCCCUUUGUUCGUCCUCCCAAAGAUGAGGAUCUGAAUGCGAUGGAUUAUGAGGUAGAAUCACUGCUGACUCUGAGAAACGUAACUCUGGCUGAUGCUGGAGAGUACACCUGCCUGGCAAGCAACUCUGAAGGAGUCUCUCGUCACACUGUAUGGCUCAUAGUGAUCGAUGAAGCAUCGCUGCGGCUCCUCCAGAGGUCUUCUCCAGUCCACUGCUCUUCAGCCCACACAUGUCAGUACUGGACCUAGUUUAUGUCAGUGGUCCUCUCAAGUUCUGUUAAAAAGUCUGUUGUUUAUCUUCAGUUCUGGUGGUGGAUGUUCAGAGUUUCAGAUAAUAAUCUCAGCACAGUCAUCCAUGUGAGCCCAAAGUUCAGACAGUUGCAGUCAUUUCUGCAGACUUUUUUCAGACUUCACCUGAGCGUUGAAGCCUCCUGCUGUGUAGCUGCUGGUGGAUGGAUGGAGGUUUGUGCUUCGCUGAUCUGGAUUCUGCAGCUCUUUUCUGACUACAUUUGACCUCUUUCACAUUGGC